AAUCAUGACAACAGCAUUCUACCUGUUGAGCGGGGCUAAUGUAUGUGUAAAACGAAUUAACCCAAAAGAAAACUACAGAAAACAGAAGCAAACUGAUUAUGAAGUGAAGCACAAACAAUGGAUUGACAUUUGUUAAGUUGCUCCAGUGAUCCAUAGUCAUUUAACAAAAGAAGGCAAGUUCUGAAAAAGAGACUGUCAACAUCCAGCCCCAACCAUGGAUUGGAAGACCUUCCAAGCCCUCCUGAGUGGGGUGAAUAAGUACUCCACGGCAUUUGGUCGUAUCUGGCUCUCUGUGGUGUUUGUGUUCAGGGUGAUGGUGUACGUGGUGGCGGCGGAGCGUGUGUGGGGCGAUGAGCAGAAGGACUUUGACUGCAACACCAAGCAGCCCGGCUGUGCCAACGUCUGCUACGACCACUACUUCCCCAUCUCCCACAUCCGCCUGUGGGCCCUGCAGCUCAUCUUUGUCACUUGCCCCUCCUUCAUGGUGAUGAUGCAUGUGGCGUAUCGCAAUGAACGCGAGCGGAAGUACGCCAAGCACGGGAACAAGGACAAGCUGUACGAGAACACAGGGAAAAGGCUCGGCGGCCUCUGGUGGACCUACAUGCUCAGCCUCUUCGUCAAGACGGGCAUCGAGAUCUCCUUCCUCUACAUCCUCCACAAAAUCUAUGACAGCUUCUACCUGCCCCGGCUGGUCAAGUGUGAGGUCAGCCCCUGCCCCAAUCAGGUGGACUGCUACAUCGGCCACCCCACAGAGAAGAAAGUUUUCACCUACUUCAUGGUGGGCGCCUCGGCCCUCUGCAUCGUGCUCAACAUCUGUGAGAUCAUCUACCUUGUCUCCAAGCGCGUCGCUCACAUAGCCAAAAAUAGGAAGAGAAAAAAGCGCACCAUGGCCCUGCAUGAACGGUACAGCAAGGAGAAUUCCGGCAGCGACUGCACUCUGCACUUUUCUCAGCUGGAGAAACAACCCUUAAAGUCCCAGUUUCCAGGCCACCUUCAUGCCCCAUUACCAGCACACAUGCGUGCGUCUGCUCCUAACCUGUCCUCUGCAGCAUAGGAUGCCCGAACUAUCCCAAGAUUCAACCACAACAUGUAUGCCUAUGAAGCCAGGACUCACCUUAUUGAUCAAGCCUGCUCAUGCUUGUCUUCCUUUAAGACUGUAUGAGAGACACGUUUUUACUGCCCUAUUACAUUUUAGUCAUUUAGCAGACGCUCUUAUCCAGAGCGACUUAUAGGUAGUGAGUGCAUAC